AUGAAGCUUGCCCUUCUCGCCACGAUAUUGCUGGCGUCGCUGCUCACAUCAGCGUGCGGUGCAUCAGCUCUCGACAACCACGAGGACGAUGGAGGCUACGGCAACAUGCUGAUCAAGCGAUUUUCGAGUGAAAAUUCGUCUGGAAAUUCGCCACCGACGCCACCUCAUCUUGGCCUUAGAAGAGGGAACCGAGAUUCCCUUGUGCAGGGCUUCAGAGAAAAGCGUGAGCGUGAGAAGCGCAAGCAGGCGGCUGCCGUACCCUCCCGUCGCAAAUGGUCGACGAGCAGAAAGCCUGUCCGGCUGGCAAGAGGAUCUACUAGAGGGAUCAAAACGCUGUCUGACGACUUCUUCGAUCAGCCGGACGAUGAGGAGAUGGACGACGAGGAGACGGACGAUGAAGAAACCCAGUCCGACUUUUGGAGUACCAAGAGACGUCAAGCCCCCAAACGCAUUCGGACUUCUUUCAGGCCUCCAAUGUCCAAUAUCGUCGAUGAGACCGCACUCGAUGCACGGAAGCAGCAGCGAGGGCAGCAAAGAAGCAAUAAAAGACGUCGUAAGGUGGGCGAGAUUCGUAACAAGAUCAGCCUUACGCCGGCCCAAAUUAAGAUGCUCAAGAGCGAUGCAAGGUUCGAAGAGUAUCAAAAGCUGAGGAGGGCACGCUUUCAUCGCGCCGAGGUCAAGACGGCCCAAGAAAGGGAGAAGAGAAGGCGACGAUUUGAGGAGCGAAAGCUUUUUGAUGCCCCCCUAUCCUAUCAAAAUUUAGAGCCGAAAGACCUCGAAGCAUUGCGUAAGAGACUCAAAAGACUGGUGAAGCACAUCGAGGCGAUCAAAAGUGGCGAUGCUGGAAAAGGAAAAUCGCAACUUAUCGAGCUAUGGACGCAGGAAGAUUUGGAGUGGUGGAAUGGAUAUAUCAAAUUCAGGCAGGAAGCAGAGGCUCCUCUUCCUGGCUUUGAGCGUCUUGUUCACGCGAUCGAUACCUUUUUUGCAAACGGAAAGGGCAAGAAAAAGAUGCCUGCAGCUCUGGAAAACGCGGUGUCGGGGGGAUUUAGACCGCCCGAAGCUUAUCAAGAGGCUCUUGUUGCCAGGAGAAAAGCACUACGCAAUACAGUACAGGCCAUGGUCGCCUGA